AUGCUACUGCAGGGCAGCAUAGGUGUAGCGAGUACCAGCUUGAAGCAGUAUUUUAGGAAAGCUGGUAUGGGAGUGCAGCAGCCGCCGCCGCCACCACCACCACCACCACCACCACCACCACCACCACCAACACCAACAACAACAGCAGCAGCAGCAACAACAGGGGGAGGGGGACGGCGAGGGGGGGGGGGGCGGCGAUGGGGGCCGGCGGGCGGGGAGGCGGACGUGGAGGGGGACGUGGAGGAGGGGGAGGGGGAGGAGGAGGGGGAGGGUGACGAGGAGGCGGAGGGGGAGAAGGAGGCGGAGGAGGAGGAGGGUGACGAGGAGGAGGAGGAGGAGGAGGAGGAGGAGGGUGACGAGGAGGAGGAGGAGGAGGAGGAGGAGGAGGGUGACGAGGAGGAGGAGGAGGAGGAGGGUGACGAGGAGGAGGGUGACGAGGAGGAGGAGGAGGAGGGUGACGAGGAGGAGGAGGAGGAGGGUGACGAGGAGGAGGAGGAGGAGGGUGACGAGGAGGAGGAGGAGGAGGGUGACGAGGAGGAGGAGGAGGAGGGUGACGAGGAGGAGGAGGAGGAGGAGGGUGACGAGGAGGAGGAGGAGGAGGGUGACGAGGAGGAGGAGGAGGAGGGUGACGAGGAGGAGGAGGAGGAGGAGGAGGAGGAGGAGGGUGACGAGGAGGAGGAGGAGGAGGAGGAGGAGGAGGGUGACGAGGAGGAGGAGGAGGGUGACGAGGAGGAGGAGGAGGAGGAGGAGGGUGACGAGGAGGAGGAGGAGGAGGAGGAGGAGGGUGACGAGGAGGAGGAGGAGGAGGAGGAGGAGGGUGACGAGGAGGAGGAGGAGGAGGAGGAGGAGGGUGACGAGGAGGAGGAGGAGGAGGGUGACGAGGAGGAGGGUGACGAGGAGGAGGAGGAGGAGGGUGACGAGGAGGAGGAGGAGGAGGGUGACGAGGAGGAGGAGGAGGAGGGUGACGAGGAGGAGGAGGAGGAGGGUGACGAGGAGGAGGAGGAGGAGGGUGACGAGGAGGGGGAGGAGGAGGGUGACGAGGAGGAGGAGGAGGAGGAGGGUGACGAGGAGGAGGAGGAGGAGGAGGACGAGGGUGACGAGGAGGAGGAGGAGGAGGAGGAGGAGGAGGAGGGUGACGAGGAGGAGGAGGAGGAGGAGGAGGAGGAGGAGGGUGACGAGGAGGAGGAGGAGGAGGAGGGUGACGAGGAGGAGGAGGAGGAGGAGGAGGAGGAGGAGGAGGAGGGUGACGAGGAGGAGGAGGGUGACGAGGAGGAGGAGGAGGAGGAGGAGGAGGAGGAGGAGGAGGAGGGUGACGAGGAGGAGGAGGAGGAGGAGGAGGAGGAGGAGGAGGAGGGUGACGAGGAGGAGGAGGAGGAGGAGGAGGAGGAGGGGGGUGACGAGGAGGAGGAGGAGGAGGAGGAGGAGGAGGAGGGUGACGAGGAGGAGGAGGAGGAGGAGGAGGGUGACGAGGAGGAGGAGGAGGAGGAGGAGGGUGACGAGGAGGAGGAGGAGGAGGAGGAGGAGGGUGAGGAGGAGGGUGACGAGGAGGAGGAGGAGGAGGAGGGUGACGAGGAGGAGGAGGAGGAGGGUGACGAGGAGGAGGGUGACGAGGAGGAGGGUGACGAGGAGGAGGAGGAGGAGGGUGACGAGGAGGAGGAGGAGGAGGGUGACGAGGAGGAGGAGGAGGAGGGUGACGAGGAGGAGGAGGAGGAGGAGGAGGGUGACGAGGAGGAGGAGGAGGAGGGUGACGAGGAGGAGGAGGAGGAGGGUGACGAGGAGGAGGAGGAGAAGGGUGACGAGGAGGAGGAGGAGGAGGGUGACGAGGAGGAGGAGGAGGAGGAGGGUGACGAGGAGGAGGAGGAGGAGGAGGGUGACGAGGAGGAGGAGGAGGAGGAGGAGGGUGACGAGGAGGAGGAGGAGGAGGAGGAGGGUGACGAGGAGGAGGAGGAGGAGGAGGGUGACGAGGAGGAGGAGGAGGAGGAGGAGGAGGGUGAGGAGGAGGAGGAGGAGGGUGACGAGGAGGAGGAGGAGGAGGAGGGUGACGAGGAGGAGGAGGAGGAGGGUGACGAGGAGGAGGAGGAGGAGGAGGGUGAUGAGGAGGAGGAGGAGGAGGGUGACGAGGAGGAGGAGGAGGAGGGUGACGAGGAGGAGGAGGAGGAGGAGGAGGGUGACGAGGAGGAGGAGGAGGAGGGUGACGAGGAGGAGGAGGAGGAGGGUGACGAGGAGGAGGAGGAGGAGGAGGGUGACGAGGAGGAGGAGGAGGAGGGUGACGAGGAGGAGGAGGAGGAGGGUGAUGAGGAGGAGGAGGAGGGUGACGAGGAGGAGGAGGAGGGUGACGAGGAGGAGGAGGAGGGUGACGAAGAGGAGGAGGAGGGUGACGAAGAGGAGGAGGAGGGUGACGAAGAGGAUGAGGAGGGUGACGUAGGGGAGGAGGAGGGUGACGUAGAGGAGGAGGGGGAGGAGGAGGAGGGGGAGGAGGAAAAGGGAGAAAAACAGUGGACAUGCAACCAGUGCAUCAUACUAGCAACUGAUUCCAAAGUAAACAAUAGUCUAAAAAUGCAGGACCACAUAAUUACAUCAUUGAAACAAGAAACAAUGGACCUCAACCUCAAGGAUAAAAGCCUACUGGUGAAGUAUCAUGAACUAUUUGUGAAGUGUAAUGAACUUGAAGUGGCAGUAACCAAUAAAACCACAAACAAUGAACUCGUUAUCCGCACCCCAAAUGUACAUAUCGGUUCUAACGACAUACACAAACUUCUCAAUCUAAUGUUGAAGCAUGUGGUAGAACCAUUGGCACCAAAACUCGCUGCCCACCUGGAAGAUGAGUCGGCUGCCAAGGACAAACAACAGAACCAGCACAGCUGCUCGGAAGGCAACAUACCUAGAAUACUGCACAAUUCAAACUAA